CAGGUGCGCAAGAGAUAGUCACGGCGUGGCGAGGGUUGGCCGACGUGCCCUGUUUCGCCGCCAAAGAAGCGGGUAUGCUGAUUGACUGGUGCGCCCAUUCUGAGAUGCUCGUCAGUGCCGGAGAUUGGUCCGUGGUCUCCCUAUGGGACGCCGCAUAUGAGAAGUGCACACAGCUGAUAGAGACAGGCAGUGAUAGCGUGUGUGUGAGCUCGUUGUCCCACGCUCCCUUUCACGAGUCGCUGCUGGUGUGCGGGUUUGGCUCGGGCUCAGUUUGCCUGUACGACGUGCGCAACAGUCGCGCGGUGAUGACCUUAUCGGACCACCAGUCAUGGGUGCUAAAGACCAGAAUUCAAUCUAACUCUAAUGGCAUGUUAGUGUCUGGCAGUGUUGAUGGGGCGAUCAAGCAGUGGGACCUGCGAAAGGGACAUAAUGUUUUGUCGUCCGUUGCGCACUCGCCGAAUCAACAGAUGUCUGCACUGGCCAUCCACAACUAUGCGCCGUUGAUUGCGAGCGGCACGAGGUUCCAAGAACUGGUACUCUCGUACCAAGCAGACGGGCGACCGCUGUCGACAGUGCAAUACCACGAAGGCUUCUUAGGCCAACGCAUAGGCCCGGUCAAUUGCCUCACAUUUCAUCCGCACGAGACGGUUCUGGCAGCCGGUGGUGCUGAUUCUAUUGUGAGUGUGUAUAGGAUAGGGUAGGCAGUCGGUGGGUGGGUGUGUGUCGGCAGAGAGAGAGAGAGAUAGAGAGAGAGAGAGAGGCAGGGGGUAGUAGUAUGUAUUGGAGAUACACGUACGCUGACGGUAUCGGAAGAGAAAACUGUGCGAGAGACGGGCUGCGUUCGGUAGGAUUAUGUAUUGGAUCGGACAGACACCGGGGACGGGGAGGGAGUUGGUAUGUGCUAUUACUAUUAGUUACACGCUUACUUCCCUCAGAGAUAUAUAUUGGUAUCACGAGAGAAGCAUGUUAUUGUAUGAGAUGACCGGAUGGGGUGGUAGGGAAUCGGCGUCAGUUCUGAGACUUCACGUGCACGGUGUCAGACGUAAGGCAACGGUGCAACGAGUCACAGACAUAGAAUCCGAGGACCCAUGAAUAAGACGAUGUCGAAUCGAUCCACAACAGGACUACUCGCUUUGAUCGGGAGAUUAGGAUCAUGUCCAAUCAUGUCAGAAACCAGCACAGGGACCACAGGUUGACCGAUAUCACUGCACGAUACGACAUGAACAAGCCGUACGUUGGACAUGGGGUCGUACUUCGUUGACAUGGGGUCGUACUUCGUUGACACGGGGUCGUACUUCUUUGUUUCGGGUUAAGUCCGCGUGACAGCUUGGCGGCGGUCGAUGCAUUCAGUAUAGUCUAUUGUAAGGGUUGCUGCACUUGAGAAUGGUGGUAGUAUACAGCAUAUCCACUCUACGGCACUUUAUCGCUUAAUUAGUGUGCAACUCACAGGAGCGUGGAUCGCACUUAGAUGGCUUGACUGGCUGAAUGCGUGAUAGCUGCAGCGCCCGUUUGGUUGCCUAUGCAAUCCCACAUGUUUAUGCUUGUCAAGUCUGCACCCUUAAUCCGACAAGGCAGCAAGUCUAUGCCUGCAAACCGACAAGUGUGCCGCCUGGGAUGCAACGCGUGUGGGAUACGACAAGUAUGCAAUAGACACGAGUACACGAGCUUCGGUGAUACAAUAGCUUACGCCCGUUCUGGGGUGGCUGGUUGUGUGUAUGCCAGAUGGUCUACCUAUGCAUGCUAGUGACACAGUUGGGCGAGUCUGUUUGGGGUGGGUCAGGCCGAGGGUAUGCUGUGAUUGUAUAUCUAUCUGUGCCAUUAGGGAUGGUACUAGGCGAACAAGACACGUCCUACUUAGGGUGCGGCCCGCUGGUUACACUGCUGGCGUACGACAACCUUACUUGUCUGGUAUGUGGUGAUAGGCCGGUGCGUUGUCGUACGGGUUGAUUCGUGCGCGACAGUGUGGGUGGCAAAGGUCGGCGGUGGUGCACCGAAUUGUGCGCUCGGAAGGGGUCACCUAAUGAUAUGCGUACGUGUACGAUGUACCUCACUUGAACGAAUACAGCUGGACAUACAGAGUGUACCUUCUAAAGUGGUCGUCGCGGCCGAAUAUCCGAACGGCCGCCAUCCAAUAUGUUCAAAGCCGUCUCGUUUCUCGACGCUUCAAGCGAGUCACUGUUAUUCCUGAGCUCAUGUAUCGACUCCGUGCCACUCCAGGCUACUACAACUGUUACUUAUUCGAGCACUCCGCCCGGGGAGCUAACAGGUUUGUUCAACUUCUUAGGUAUUGGUCUGCUGCUUAUGAUUCUACGGCUGAGGCGUAUAAUUGGUGUUAACAGGCGCUGCUGGUGAUAGGGGCAAACGUAAGCUAGCGUUAGACACAACCCAAACCCAUUGGUAAAGGACACGAGCCUGAUCCCAAUGAUUGUUUUCCAGUCUGAAGUCUGUAUACGUACUACAAUAGAUACAUGGCCUGUAUUCCGCAUAUGCACAACAAAAGAUUCUAGCUGUCCCCAUCACAGUACAGAUCUCUGAUGAAGUUGCAUAGGACCGCUGCUGUAGACAUGAUGCGGGAGUGUGCACGUACGUAUACAUAUACCUUAGUACUCACCGUGCUCGUCGUGUUACACAUACACUGUACAGGUGCCUAGUACCAUGUGCAGCCCUGCUAGCGCUAAGUUAAAUUAGAGAUUACAAUUCGUAUGCAUUAGUCUUGUACAAAGCUAAUAAACUGCAUUGGCGUGCAGACUACACUGUACCUUAU